UUCCAGCUUUUAACGAUUUGUAAUGUAACCACUUCUGUUUAAACGGGUCGUUACCAACAUUCUCACCCGUCCCUCACUCCGUCACCGAUCUCCAUUCACUCACUCCAUUUAAUUUUCUAAUCCUAGGCCUGACUCUGACGCCGUUUCUUUCUCGUUAACGGUAACUAUUCUUGUUUUUAUUUCUCUCUCAUGGCCACUAACGAUUUUCCGGUCCUCACAUAUCCUCACGCGCCGUCGCGCCACCCUGACGCAGAGUCGGUAAACGGCGGAGACUACUACACUCCCUAUGCAGACUCCGAAAUAUCAGGAUCCGGAGCUCCGGCGACACCGUCCUCGAAACGUCACCACUACAGCAAUAACAACGGAAGCAAGAAGCAAAAACCUAACGGAAAAGCAGGAGAAUCGGAGCUGAACGUCGCCACCGUGGAUUACCGGGAAGAUUACCGGAAAGACAGGGAGGAAUGGAGCGAGGCGGCGAUAGCGUGUUUGAUAGAGGCGUAUACGGAGAGGUAUAGAGAGGUGAAUAAGGGGAACUUGAGAGGGAAAGAUUGGGAGGAGGUGGCGGAGGCAGUGAGCGAGAGAGGAGGCGGCGGAGGAGGUGGCGGAGGAGGAGGGUAUAAUGGUAAUUAUAGUGGUAAUGUUAAGAAAAAGAGUGUAGAGCAGUGUAAGAAUAAGAUUGAUAAUUUAAAGAAGAGAUAUAAACUGGAGUUACAGAGGGUAAUUAGUAGCGGUAAUAAUAGUAAUUGGCAUUGGUUUAAGCUAAUUGAAAUGGUUAUGGGAAAUUCUUGUGCUAAUAAGCUUGGUAGUGGUGAAGCUGAAGGUGCUGUGAAUGUUAAACCACUCAAGAGAUAUACACCUAGUGAUCUUGCCUUUGCAAAGAACCUGAAAGCUAAAUCGGUUCGUAAGUUAAAAUGGCGGAGAGUAGUUUUUAAAAUUAGUGGUGCUGCUUUAGCUGGAAACUCUGAAAAUAUCGACCCCAAGGUGGCAACACACGUGGCGAGGGAAGUAGCUACUGCUUGCCGCCUUGGUUUAGAGGUAGCAAUUGUUGUUGGGGGCCGCAAUUUUUUCUGUGGAGAUUCAUGGAUAUCUGCUACUGGCUUAGAUAAACCUAUGGCAUAUCAGAUUGGUAUGAUGGCAACAGUGAUGAAUGCCAUACUGCUUCAGUCAGCUUUAGAGAAGUUGGAUAUUCAGACCCGGGUGCAAAGUGCAUUUGCAAUGCCAGAUUUGGUUGAACCUUAUAGCAGGCAAAAAGCAAUCCGACAUCUUGAGAAAGGAAGAGUUGUCAUAUUUGGCGGUAUCGGUUCUGUUGUUGGAAAUCCACUAUUUAAUACUACUGACGCAGCUGCAGCUCUAAGGGCUUCUGAAAUUAAUGCGGAAGCACUCCUUAAAGGCACAACUGUCAAUGGAAUCUCUGAAAACAGUAAUGUAAUACUGGAUCGCAUACCUUUCGGAGAAGUGGUUUCCAAGGGUGUUACUUGUAUGGAUACAAUGGCAAUUACGUACUGCGAAGAGAACGGAAUUCCUGUCGUAAUCUUCAAUUUGCUCGAACCCGGGAACAUUUGUAGAGCAUUAUGUGGAGAUCAAGUUGGCACCUCUAUUGAUCAAGCAUGAGAAUGCAUUUAGAAUGACAUGAAACUGCUGCUUUGUACUCUUUGUGAAUUGGUAUUUGUAUAUAUUUAGAAUGACAGCAAUAGAAGCAAAGAAAAGAUGAAACCAAGUGUAACCUAUAAUGUAAAAUUAGUAAAAUGACCGUUGCUUCGCUGUGGAAGUUAUUAAUUUAAA